AUGGCACAACUCGUCAACCUCACAUUGUUGCUAGUGAUGAUUCUCCUCUUAUCUCUCUUCUCAAUGGAUGCUGCGGCUAAGCCAUCAAUCAACAGACCUCAACGUCGAUAUAAUCCUCAAACCAUCGUUUACAUAAAAGCCUCUUGUCAAACCACUUUGUACCCAAAUCUGUGCCUUCGCUGCUUAUAUAAAUUUGCCAAAUCAAAUAUUCAAAGCCCACAACACUUGGCUCAUGUGGCUUUAUCUGUGAGUUUCUCACGAGCACUAUACACAAGAGAUUACUUGCUCCAAGUGGGGAAACAAUUCAAGGCCCUCAAGAACAGUAACAAUCGUAGAGACUAUGUAGUUCUGCAAGAUUGCUUGAAGCAGAUCAAUGAUAGUGUGGACCAGCUUGGGUUUUCAAUAAAAGAGCUUGAGCGGUUGAAUAAGAUCCCAAACACUUUGAUCAAUGAUGGCGUCUUGUGGCACAUAAGUAAUGUCGAGACGUGGGUGAGCACUGCCCUUACUGAUGCGAGAACUUGUGUGGAUUACUUCCCAGGUCAUAGGAUGAGUAAGAUGAAGGCUACAAUAAGGGGUAAGGUCUUGAACGUUGCUCAAGUCACCAGUAAUGCACUUGCCAUAUUUCACAAAUAUGCAGCCAAGUACCAAGCAGCAGCACAAGCCAAUAAGAGACCUUGA